UCAAUAGUUAAAAAGUGCCCGACAAUAUAAAGUAGUUAAAAACCGUUUCAUAAAUGAGGAAAACUCAUCAUUGUACAUUAGAAAAUGACGAGAAAGAGUUACAAAGACUCCCAAAAUUUGCGACGUUUCGAGAAAAAUUUAUCAGACGCCACCAAUUAAGUAUUUUAAUGUCUUUUAACCAUCCCUUAGCACGUUUAUACUAUCGAACAUACAGCGCUAUUCGUGUCGCUCGAAUCGAACAUAUAAACUCAGAGCACUGGUAUAUCAUCCAUCCUUUUAGUAAAUUCAGAAAACAUUGGGAGUUAUUUAUGUCAAUAGUUAUGACAUUUCUUUUAAUUGUAACACCUUUAAACGUGGCAUUCGGUAGUAUAAGGUUACUUUGUACGACAAUAUUCUGUAAUAUAAUUUGUAUGAUCGAUUUUGGAAUGAGAUUUUUUACCGGAUACACAAUUGAUCACUUAAAAGCGGUCGUCCUAGACCCUAAGAUGAUAAGACGUCAUUAUUUAAAAAGUUUGGAUUUUUAUUUGGAAAGUAUUUCAACUUUUCCAUUUCUUCUGUUUGCUAUGUUGGGUUGUUUGCUUGAUAAGGAAAAUACUUAUCCUACAUACAUAUCCACUUUAUUUCUAUUAAAAAUGUUAAGAUUGAAAAGUUUAUUGGUUUAUUCUGGACAUGUUUUUGAGAAUUUUUAUAUUGUUCAUCGAUGGUACUUAGUGCACUUAAAAUUUUUUAUUACUUUUGUUGUAACGUUACAUUGGUUUGGAUGUUUUAUUCCAAUCACGACUCGUUACACUGUGUUGUUUACAAAAUAUGAACCGACUUGUAAAAAUUGGGGUGUUGCUAAAAUUGAUAUUCAGCCUAACAACGAAACCGACAUUGAAAUUUAUUAUGAAUCACUUUACACCGCUGCAAGAUACCUUUUUUGUAUUACAAGCAACAAUCAUCGAAUUAAUGCUUUACAUCAUAUUUUCACAUAUAUUCUUACAAGUUUAAUUGGUUACUUCUUUUGGUGUUUUGCGUUAGUUCUUUUCAUCCAAACUUUGUUUCGAAUAGACAACGCCGACAUUCGUUAUGAAUCCGUUAUGAAUCAAUUAAACAAAUACAUGAGACACAAACAGAUUCCAUUAAAAAUGCAACAAAAACUCGUCGAUUAUUAUGAGUUUAGCCUCGGAAAAUCUUAUUGUCGAGAAGCCACAGUUAUCACUUUAUUAUCAAAACGCCUUCAACAUGAAGUAGUAAUGCACGCAACGACAAUGAUGGCAAAAAACGUCACGUUUUUAAGAGAACUACCCGAUGAUAUAAUGUCAAACAUUAUAGCAAAUAUGAAGUUGGAAGUUUUUCUUCCAGGCGAUCAAAUUAUGACGGCCGGAGCUCCAGCCACGGGAAUGUACUUUAUUAACACAGGAACAGUAUGCGUUUAUAGCGCGUCUGGAAGAGAAAUAUGCCAUCUAGAGGAUGGAAGUUAUUUUGGUGAGGUCGGAUUAAUCACUCAAGAGAAAACCAAUAUCGCCAAUGUGGUGGCUUUGGAAAUAACAGAGGUUUAUCGAUUGGAUAAGAACGAUUUUUAUCAACAGAUUAAAGAAAAUUUACCCGAAUUGUACCGAAAAAUGGAAAGUAAAGCUGAGAGAAGGAGAGAAAACACCAAGGUUAUGGAAGAAAUUCAUCGAAAACAACAAUUAGAAGCUACAAUGAGAGUUCAGUUACAAUGAAAUUACUUAAUUUAAAGUACUUUUAUUUCAAAUUAAAUUAAUUGCUAAAUAAAAUCAAUUAUUUUAA